UCAUCCUUCAUACUUCACUAGCUAUUUGAAAAAAUCACUCCAAUCUCUCUCUUACAACAUGGCUUCAUCUGCUGCUUCUUUCAGAUGUGUAUCAGUGAUGCUUCUGGUUCCUCUUCUUGUCGGUUCUCUCAUGGUUGUUGCCUUUGCUGGUGAUUUGAACCAAGAGUUUGACAUAACUUGGGGCGAUGGUCGAGGCAAGAUGCUCAACAAUGGCGAGCUUCUCACUCUCUCACUGGACAAAGCAUCAGGCUCAGGUUUUCAAUCCAAGAAUGAGUAUCUCUUUGGCAAGAUUGAUAUGCAACUCAAGCUCGUCCCUGGAAAUUCUGCUGGCACUGUCACUGCCUAUUAUUUGUCUUCAAAGGGAUCAAACUGGGAUGAAAUUGACUAUGAAUUUCUGGGAAACCUCAGUGGUGAUCCAUAUGUCCUUCACACCAACGUGUUCAGCCAAGGCAAAGGAAACAGAGAGCAGCAGUUCUAUCUCUGGUUUGAUCCAACCGCAGAUUUCCACACUUACUCUAUCCUCUGGAACCCCCAAAGAAUCAUAUUCUCAGUGGAUGGAACUCCUAUCAGAGAGUUCAAGAACUCAGAGUCCAUUGGUGUCCCAUUCCCGAAGAACCAGCCAAUGAGGAUAUACUCAAGCUUGUGGAAUGCAGAUGACUGGGCAACAAGAGGUGGCCUCGUGAAGACGGAUUGGACCCAGGCUCCCUUCACUGCUUCCUACAAAAACUUCAAAGCUGAUGCUUGCGUCUGGUCUUCUGGCAAAUCAUCUUGUCCUUCAACUUCAUCAUCUUCAUCCUCCACCAGUUCCUCGUGGCUCUCACAAGAGCUUGACACUACUUCACAAGAGUGGCUGAGAUGGGUACAGAAAAACUACAUGAUCUACAAUUACUGCGCAGAUGUUAAGAGGUUUCCUCAAGGUCUUCCUCCAGAAUGCAGAGCCUCCUAAGGCAAAACUGAGCAGCGAAAUUUAUUUUCUCAGUAACGGUUACGUAACUAUAAUUUGUGGAUGUGAAAUUUUGGAUUCAAUUCAUUCGUUCGUUUCCAUUGUAGUCAUCGCUGUGAUGGUGUGAUGACAUGAAUGGCUAUUCUUUAUUAUGUAAAAUAGAUCAUUUCGUAGUAAAAUGAUGGUCUUCUCUGUUACAUUUCCA